AUGGCCCGGCCUUGGCUGCCCUGCUUCCUGCUUUCUGCCCUGACGGUGUCUGUGGCAGCCAACUCGCCCCCAACGUUUGGAGAAAACAUGACGCUUGUGCAACUGCCUGAGGACUUGCCAUUGGGUGCCGUGGCCUUCUGGAUGGUAGCAGUAGACACGGAUAAUGCCCAUCUGACUUAUGGGAUCAGUGGCCCCUAUGCCUACUUCUUCAAUGUCACCAGAGACACGGGGGAAGUGAGGCUGGCCUACCCUCUGGACUUUGAGACGCUCCCGGCCUUCAGAGUCACCAUCUCUGUGAGCGACGGUCUCAACACAGUGCAAAAAGAAUUGCCCGUGAUUGUGGAAGACAGAAAUGACAAUGCCCCUGUUUUCCAGAACACUGGAUUCUCCACCAGUAUCAACGAGACCCUGCCUGUUGGCUCCGUGGUGUUCUCGGUGCUGGCGGAGGACAAGGACACUGGGCCAGCAGGCGUGGUGAAGUACUUCAUAGAGAAGGUCAUCCCUACCACUGUGGACAGUGAACAUCUCUUCAAAAUCCUGGACAACGGAUCGAUCAUCCUCAACGGCAGCCUCAGCUACAACAACAAGAGCGCCUUCUACCAGCUGCAGCUGAAAGCCUGCGACCUGGGCGGCCUACUCCACAACAACAUUACCACCCAGUGCUCCCCUCCCGUCUUCCUGUCCAUCACGGUGGUGGACCAGCCUGACCUGGACCCUCAGUUUGUCAGGGAGUUUUACUCGGCUUCGGUGGCCGAGGAUGCAGCCGUGGGGACCUCGGUGCUGCAGGUGGAGGCUGUGGACGGAGACAAAGGCAUCAAUGACCGUGUGACCUAUAGCAUCUCCAACUCCACAAGGCCCGGCUGGUUCACCAUCGAGGCAGACGAUGGGGUCAUCAUGGUGGGAGGCAGCCUGGACCGCGAGCUCCUGCUGGACGAGGAUGAGCAAGUGCAGCUGCAGGUCACGGCCACUGAGAGUAACCGCAACAUCUACGGACAAGAGGCCAAGGUGAGCCUGUGGGUCACUAUAAGAGUGAUGGACGUCAAUGACCACAAACCUGAGUUUUACAACUGCAGCCUCCCGCACUGCGCUUUCUCACCCCAAGAAGCCCAGACCAACUUCACCGGCUACGUGGAUGAGCACGCCUCUGCCCGCAUCCCCAUCAGUGGGCUGACCAUGGUGGCCUACGACCCAGACAAGGGCGAAAACGGCACCUUCCUGCUGUCCCUGGAGGGCCCUGACGCAGGAGCCUUCAGUGUCUCUCCUGAGUUGGCCGCAGGCUCCGUCAACGUGCAGGUCCUGGUGAAAGAAUCGGAGAUGGUGGACUACGAGAGAAAGACAGAGAUGACGGUGCAGGUUGUGGCCACUGACUCGGUCAGUAAGAACUCCUCUGUCGCCAUGGUGACCAUCCAGCUCCGAGACAUCAAUGACCACAGACCCACGUUCCCCCAGAACUUGUAUGUGCUCAGUGUGCCAGAGGACAGCGCCACGGGCUCUGUGGUCACAAGCAGCAUCCAGGCCACUGACCCAGACACGGGUGAAUGGGGCCGCAUCACCUACAGCCUGCUCCCAGGAAAUGGGGAUGACGUCUUUGCGGUGGAUCCAGACUCAGGGACAGUGACUGUGAAAAACGGCACGCUGCUGGACCGGGAGAGGCAGGCCGUGUACUACCUCACCCUGCAGGCCACAGACGGCGGCAACCUGUCCACCUCCACCACGCUGCAGGUCAACUUGCUGGACGUCAAUGACAAUGCCCCGGUAGUCAGCGGCUCCUACAACAUCUUCGUCCAGGAGGAGACGGGCAACGUCUCCGUGACCAUCCAGGCCUAUGACAAUGACGAGCCAGACACCAAUAACAGCCGUCUGCUCUUCAGCUUGCUUCCUGGCCCCUACAGCCACAACUUCUCCAUAGACUCCAACACCGGGCUCCUCAGAAACCGGGGGCCCCUGGACCGAGAGGCCAUCGACCCCACCCUGGAGGGCCGCAUUGUGCUCACGGUGCGGGUGUCCGACUGCGGUGUGCCCAGCUUGAGCACGGACGUCAACGUCACCAUCAAUGUGGAGGACAUCAAUGAUAACGUGCCCGUCUUCAACCAGUCCAGCUACCAAUUCUUUGUGAAGGAGAGGGAGUCGGGAGUGCUGGUGGGGGUCGUGGAGGCCUGGGAUGCCGACCAGACGGAGGUCAACAAUCGCAUCAGCUUCGGCCUGUCGGGGARCGGUGCCAGCAACUUCAUGAUCCGGGGCUCCGUGCUGGGGCCCGGGAGGGCGAAGGGCCAGAUCUGGCUGCCCUCAGAUGGGAGCGUGGACUAUGAGACACAGGCCCUCUUCCUUCUGACAGUGACUGCUGAGAACCUGGACCCCCAGGGCCACGAGGCCACGGCGGGCGUCAACAUGACUGUGGUGGACGUGAACGACGAGCCGCCCACCCUGGAUGAAGGGUCCCUCCGGGGCGUCUCUGUGGCUGAGAAUGGGUCCCAGCAUGGCCAGGUGGCUCAGGUGGUGGCCCAGGACGUGGACACGGAGGCCCAGCUGGAGAUCCAGCUGGUGAAUGUCAUCUGUACCAAGGCUGGGGUGGACGUGGGCGGCCUGUGCCACGGCUGGUUCUCUGUGGAGGCCAACGGCUCCGUGUACAUCAAUCAGAGCGAGGCCAUCGACUACGAGGCCUGCGACCUGGUCACGCUGGUCGUGCGGGCCUAUGACCGCACCACAGAUCCCCGCUUCCAGGCCUACAGCAACAAUGGAAGCCUCCUUAUUACCAUCGAGGACAUGAAUGACAAUGCACCCUAUUUCCUACCUGAUAAUCAAACUUUUGUGAUCAUCCCAGAACUUGUGAUACCCAACCAGCAGGUGGCUUCUGUCCGGGCCAGAGACAAUGACUCAGGAAACAAUGGGGCCAUUGAGUUCUCCAUCCUCCAAGUGAAUUUCAUCUCUAAGGAUGGGGCCACCAUCCCUUUCCAGGGCUUCUUCCGGAUUGUCACCUCUGUGGAGGCCACUGUGUUUACUGGCAGCAUUGAGCUGGUGACCAACCUUGAUUCCACUCUCCAAGGCACUUACCAAGUGAUGGUCCAGGCCCAGGAUAAACCUUCUGUGGGUCCUGCACAGGAAGCCCAAGUCACCCUGAAUCUCUUCACUGUGGACCAGAGUUACCGUGUGAGGCUGCAGUUCUCCACACCAAAGGAGGAGGUGGGCGCCAACGUGGAGGAGAUUAAAGCGGCUCUUGCCCAGGCGACCAGGACUACGGUCUACGUUGUGAACAUUCAGGACGUGGAGUCUACUGCUCGGGCUCGAGCCCAGUCUUAUCUUGAUGCCUACUUUGUCUUCUCCAAUGGGUCCGCCCUCACACUGAGUGAGCUGAGCCUGAUGAUCCGGAAGGACCAGGACGCACUGACACAGCUGCUGCGGCUGGGGCUGGUGGUGCUGGGCUCCCAGGAGAACCAGGAGGAAGACCAGGGCAAAGUGCUCAUCAGUGUCAUCAUAGGACUGGGAGUGGCUCUGCUGUUGGUCCUGGCGAUCAUGAUCAUGGCCCUUGUGUGUAUGCGGAAGAGCUACCACCGGAAGCUUCGGGCCAUGAAGGCUGCCAAGGAGGCCCGGAAGACAGCAGCAGGGGUGCUGCCCUCAGCRUCUGCCAUCCCCGGGACCAACAUGUACAACACUGAGCGGGCCAACCCCAUGCUGAACCUGCCCACCAAAGACCUGGGCCUCGAGUACCUCACUUCCUCCAGUGACUUGGACUAUGUCAGCCUCAAUUCCCUGGAUGACAACUCUGUGGACCUGGACGGGAACAAUCAGAAAAUCAAGGAGCCUCAGAACAAUCCACCGGAGAAGGAUCCAGAGCCCCUAAGUGUGGUGCUGUCAGGAAGGCAGGUGGACACAAGUGGAGAGCAACAGGGAAUGUCCUUCACCAACCCCAGCCUGGACACCACAGACCUGUGA